AUGGCCGAGAAGCUCGCUGCGCGAAGGCUCAACGGCCGGCCAGAAGCCGAAGUCAUCGUCAACUUCGGCGACGGCCACGCUUACUCCAAGGCGAAGCUCGAGUCGGCGCUCACGUCCGUCCUCGGCGAUACGAAGCAGACGAAGCAGAUCAAGCACGCCAAUCAGCUCAAGAAGGAAGAUAUCGAGCUCAUCGUCAGCGAGCUCGAGAUCCCGCGCACCCAAGCCGAACGCGCGCUAUCGCUCGCAAACGGCGACGUCCAGCUCGCCCUGCGCACACUCGUAACAGGGAGCAGCGAAUGA